AUGCACACAGCUGCAGUCCUAUCUGUCGCUACAAUGAGCAACAUGACUGUGCACGACACACCUAACCUCCAUGACCUUGACCGAACUUCGUCUGAGGCCAUUUAUCCAAUCAGCUUCCAGGUUUCCUUGACAAGCUUUCUGGUUUUGGAGGUCGUGUUGGGCCUAAGCUCCAAUCUCACGGUGCUGGUCCUCUACUGCAUGAAACAGAACCUCAUCAGCUCCGUUUCCAAUAUCAUCACCAUGAACCUGCAUAUGGUGGAUGUGUUGGUGUGUGUAAGCUGCAUUCCGCUGACAACUGUGGUCAUCCUACUUCCUUUGGAAACAGACACGGCCUUGAUCAGCUGCUUCCAUGAGGCCUGUGUGUCUUUUGCAAGUGUGGCUACUGCUGCAAAUGUCCUGGCCAUCACUGUGGACCGUUAUGAUAUCUCAGUUCGACCAGCAAACCGUGUGCUAACAAUGGGUCGAGCUGUGGCUCUGCUGGGAUCCAUCUGGGCUCUAUCCUUUUUCAGUUUUUUGGUUCCAUUCAUGGAAGUGGGAUUCUUCAUCAGAUCUGGUACAAAUCUUGUAAACCAGACUGCAAUAGUUAAAGUCUCUCAGAUGAAUGAAUAUUACUCAGAGCUAGGCUUAUAUUACCACCUGCUAGCACAGAUCCCCAUAUUCUUUUUCACAGCUGUGGUCAUGCUGGUAACUUACUACAAGAUCCUUCAGGCACUUAACAUUCGCAUUGGAACACGCUUUCAACACAACUUACCCAAGAAAAAGCAAAAGAGCAAAAACAACAUAUCUUUGAGCACUGCCACACAAGCAGAGUCUACAGAAGCUUCACAGAGCAGCACCGCAGGCAAGGGUAGUGGAAAUGCACCUUUAGGCAUGCGGACAUCCGUAUCUGUCAUAAUUGCAUUAAGAAGAGCGGUGAAGCGCCAUCGAGAGAGAAGGGAAAGACAGAAACGAGUUUUUAAGAUGUCUCUUCUGAUCAUCUCUACAUUCCUUCUGUGCUGGACCCCAAUAACUGUCCUUAACACAAUCAUACUCAGUAAUGGUCCCAGUGACCUGACUGUACGCCUUCGGCUUGGUUUUCUGGUAAUGGCAUACGGAACCACCAUCUUUCAUCCUCUCCUAUAUGCCUUCACUCGGCAAAAGUUCCAGAAAGUUCUCAAAAGUAAGAUGAAAAAAAGGGUGGUGUCUGUAGUGGAAGCAGAACCAACACCAAACAAUGUGGUCAUCCAUAACUCCUGGAUUGACCCCAGGAGAAAUAAAAAGGUCACGUUCAAGGAGACUGAGGCCAGACAAAAGUGUCUUUGCUCAGAGGAAGCAGAGUGACAGACUGAACUCAUGUAAAUAUGUCAAGAAAGCACACAGAAAAGUGAAUGAACUAAAACAUAUGGAUGAGGAGCAGAAAACAGAAAAUAGUGGAAAAAAGAGUGGAAGGCAAAAAUCUGCUGAAAAUUUUAGAUGAAGCUGAAAAUCAGGUUGACAUGCUGUAUGAAGGAUGAAAGCUAAAAUGAUGGUAUCAUCAUUGUUAUGGAAUUGUUAUGACAUGAACAAAGUUUCAUCUUUAUAAAAUGAAACUUGAGAUAACACUUGUUAAAGGUUUUCUCUGAGAAAAAGACAUGGGUUAUACUAACGUAAUGUUAUUUAUUAUAGACUCCCAGAGACUGAAAUAAAGGAAGCUAUUGUUGCAAAAUUGUAUCAAUCAGUAGCUCCCGUUGUUCAAUGUAAUACAGGGUGAAACAAAGAGUCACAGAACACUUGGUUUGUCACCAUUUGUAAUAAAUACCCAAUGGCACAGUACUUGUCAGGAUCGCGUUGUCUACAAUUUCCUCCUAAGUGACUCAAAGUGACAAUGCAUCAGACAAAUAAGCAUUAAAACUUUCUGUACAACAUUA